CUAAACAAACCGCCCCUAACAAGCCACUCACUACAAACGUGAAAAAGGCGGACAUUUCUUGUCCCAAGAAUAUUCAGCAUUCAUGUGUUAAAGCCUUGUUUGGCAUUUCCCUACUCACAUCAAUAGCAGAUUAAAGAAACAAAACAGACAAAGAACUGAUCAACAAACACUUAUACAGGAAAAGGGGGAAAAGGGGAAAAAAAAAUGAAAAAAGAAAUUCAGAGUUCGUAGCCAAACAGAACACCGGUAUCGACCGAGUUUGGUGUAAAUAGGGUUUCGGGAUCAGGGUUUUAGGUCUUUUAUCGAGGAGGCUGUGAUUUGCCAUCUGGGUUUUAUUGAAAGUUGGAGAUUUUGAUGGAAAAAAUUCUGCUUUAGCAUUUGUCUUUUGAUGGUGGUAUUUUGUUGAGUGAAAUUGAGGUAGUUGGAGUGGAAGAUGAUGCUCAACCAAAAUCAUGAUCGUGUUGACACCUUAGAGCUAAAAGUUCUUAUAGUAAGAAAGGUUGGGCGUCAAAGAGCUGAGAAGUACUUUGAUCAGCUGACAAGGUUGUUUAGUCUAAAGAUUGGCAAGUGUGAAUUUGAUAAGUCUUGCAUUAAGAUCAUUGGGAGGGAAAAUAUACCUCUUCACAACCGGCUUAUUAGAUCCAUUAUCAGGAAUGCUUGCAUCUCUAAAGUUCCACCUUUGAAAGCUAUUAGAAAAGUAGGAAGUAACCUCCAAGUUGGAAAUGGUUAUCAGCGAAAUUGUCUUCAGUCACUUUAUGGGGAUGCAUUUCCUCCUUCCCUUCGCAAAGGUAGGUCUCUUGUCAAACAGGAUCGAAAGUUUCGGGACCGCCCUAGUCCACUAGGUCCACUUGGAAAGCCACAAAGUGUUGUAUGCGAGGAUUCAGUUUCCAAGGCACAAGAGCAGAGUGCAACUGAAUUGCUUUCACUUGGGAGCAGGCCUCCUGCUGAUGUUGUAUCUGUGGAAGAUGGGGAAGAGGUUGAGCAGGUGGCUGGAAGCCCAGGUGUUCAGAGUAGAAGUCCAGUCACUGCUCCUCUUGGUAUCUCCAUAAAUUUUGGUGGAGCUCGCAAAGCUCUUUCGAAUGCUUUCUCAUGUAAUAAUUAUCACUUAGAGACCUGUCAAAAUAAAGGUGAGCUACCUGACACAAGAUCAUUAAGAAGUCGUUUGCAGCAGAAGUUGGAGAUGGAGGGAAUUGGUGUUUCUGUGGAUUGUGUUAACUUACUGAAUAAUGGCUUGGAUGCAUACAUGAAAAGAUUGAUUGAGGCCUCUGUAAGACUGGCUGGGUUAAGGUCUGGAAGGUUACCUCAAAAUUACUUGCGACAAUCAGCAAAAUCUUUUUACAUAUCCAUGUUGGACUUUCGUGCUGCAAUGGAACUGAAUCCUCAGGUACUUGGAGAAGAUUGGGCUAUGCAGCUUGAGAAAAUUAGUCUUAGCUCUGAGGAGAACUUGAUUCAAUAAACCAGCAAUAUAGCAGCGUAGGAAAUUAUCAUAUGUGACUUAAUGUUUAGAAUGAAUGUAUGAUUCAGGUUCUUUUUUCAGUCAAAUUUAUACGCUUACAGCCUUACUUGAAUUUUGAUCUCGUCUUGUGAUCUCUACCAACAUUGCCAAAGGAAUACUUUCUGUUUUUUGGAGAAGAG